AUGGCUGUAGUGACCUGGACACCACCGAGCUCCUGGACUUGUCACUGGGCGCGACUCGGGAAGAGCAUGGAGAAUGCGAACACCAUGGUGUUCUCGGCUGGCCCACGGAUGUCGACGCGCCGAAAUUUCUGCGCCACAGCUCUCUUGCAAUCUGCAGGGGGCAAAGGAACCCUUCUGGUGCUUGGAGGAUCUGAUGGUUCCAACAGCCUGGACAGCACCGAGGUUCUGGAUGUGUCGAAGUUAAGCUUCAGCCCUGGCCCUGGCAUGAGCGCCUGGCGUUCCGGCUGCACGGCUGCGCCCUUGAGCGCGGAGCAGCUGCUGGUGGUGGGCGGCUUCGAUGGUUCGAACCACUUGGACUCCACAGAGCUGUUGGACCUCAAAGACAUGUCCUUUUCCGCCGGCCCUCGGCUCAGCACCUGGCGGUCUGGUUGCGCGGCCACCCCCUGCUGA